AUGCCUGUGCGCAACAUCAAGAAGCAAGAUAAGAUCGUCUCUCAGCAGAGAAUCGAGACCUCACCACAAGAAUUUCUCAAGGACGACGAAGCCAAGGAGUGCAAUGACGUCAGCUUAGACGGAUGCAAGCAUGAGAAGGAGCCACAAGGAUGUGACGAUGAAAGUGUCAUCUGUGAAGGAGGCCUCGAAAAUUUCAUUUGGCUCCCAGUAAAGGGAAUGACACUGCUAGAAGAGCAGGAACUUCCCUUGCUUGCAACCAGCCCGAUCAGCUACGUCAAACUUCGGAAUCACAUCUUGUCUACGUGGCAUAAGAAUCCGUCGCAAGAGCUCACACACGAGGCUGCAGCUCUCGAUGCUCCGAUAGUGUUCCACAGGCGAGAAGCUCAAGCAGAGGCCAUCCGUCUGAUCCACGAGUUCUUGUCUUGCCAUGGACAUAUUAAUGUCGGCGUGUUCGCACCGAAGACGCCGACAUUGAUGUCGAACUCUAGCACAGCCACGGCAGGCAGCGAAGAUGGAGGGGCAGGAGUGGAAGGGGGAAAGGGAGAAGCGUAUGAUGUGAUCGUGGUUGGAGGAGGAAUCGCAGGUUUGGCAGCAGCAAGUCAGCUGAAGAGAAGAGGACACAAGGUUGUGGUCUUGGAGGCUCAGAGCUUCAUCGGGGGUCGAGCACGAGCAGGAGGCUGGAACAACCGAGACGAGUUCUUGACCUCCAGGCAGAAAAGCCUCAAGAAGAAGAAGACAGCCGAACCCCCGGCGGACCACAGGCCUCACGAGGAAGGCACUGACGGAGGAGCUUCGACUGCCUUGGACUUUGGAGCGAUGAUUAUCACAGGGAUAUGGGGUAACCCGAUAGCGAUGCUGUGCAGGCAACUAGGCAUCAAGAUGCAGCAGAUUAAGAACGCCUGCCCUCUCCUCGAUGCUGAGCCGCAAGGAAGCUUCAAGGACGUGUCCUGUAGGAAGCUUUCUCCUCCUGAGUCUCCGGAACCUCAACAGGGAGCAUUGCUGCAUCAUUCCAUCCCCAAGGACGUCGACAACAAGAUUCAAUCAAUCUUCAAUAAGGCUCUCACCGCAGCUUGCAAUAAGAGGAAGCAUCUAGCUGACGAUCAGGACUUGUCAUUGGGAGAAGAGCUCUUGAGAGUGCUUCACAACUACAAGUUCUCUCAAGUCGAGACUCGAGUCUUAAACUGGCACAUUGCCAACCUCGAGUAUGGAUGUGGAGCUCCUCUUGACGAGGUUUCUCUUCGUUUCUGGGAUCAAGACGACGCGUUUGGCUUCGGCGGGCCGCACUGUCUCAUCCCGGGGGGUUACCAGCGCAUCGCCGAGGAGCUCGCGAAGGAGGUGGAGGAGAUCAGACUGAACGCGGAGGUGGCACGGGUGCGAUGGACGGGACGAGGAGGCGAGAAGAAGCGGAAGGAGGAGGGAGAGGAGACGCAGGAGCUUUCACCUCCUUCUGCCGAGAGCAAAAUCGAGUCCCUCCUGUGCGUGGGGGCGUUUGUUGGGAAACUGAAUGCAGGGACGCAGGAAGUGAGGGCGAUGGAGAGCGUGAGGACGAAACACAAAGUACCCGAGGGGUGGAGAAUCUUCUCGACGAUGAAGAGAGUCUCUACCUCCUGCUUCUCCUUGUCAGGGGGCGGAGGAAUCGACUGCGACGUUGUGUUUCAAACCGAAAGGGGGGUGAAGCUGCGCAGCAUCGGAGACGCGAAGAGAGAGAUCAAACGAAUGCGAUCGGGCAGCUGGGAGGAGGAGAAGCAGCAGGAGGCUCUACAUGACGUCAACAAGGUGCUGCGAGACAUGUGCCGGCUGGAGGCCGAAGAUGGGCAAAGAAGAGAAUGCGAGAGACAGAUCCUCCAAUCUCUUGGGCUGAGUUACGAGGAAGAGGACGAGGAAGAGGACGAGGAUGACGAGGAGGAGGCAGAGACUACGUCUGAAGUGUCAGAUAGGGCAGGAGAGUGGGAAGAAGGGAUGGAAGUAGAGAUGUACUUCAGUGAUGGCAUGUGGUAUCGGGGACGCGUGACGUCAUUGGAGGACAAGGUAGCAGUGAUCGACUUUGAGGAUGGUGACAGGCAGACGGUCAGACUGCCAGACCCGGACGUGCGUCCCGUGAGAGCUCUUGGGUCGUCGUACAUGCAAAGCAAGGAGGAGGAGAAGGAGACUGAGGAGGAGGAGAAGAUGAAAUGCGGCUCCCAUUGGAAGAGAAAAGGAGAAGGAGAACGUAGGAAAAACUCUCAGGGUGAGCAGAAGAGGCCGAGGAGGAGCGCAGUGGACCAGCAGCUGCAGGUCGGGGAUGAGGCAGAAGUUCUUUUCAGCGAUGGCGUCUGGUAUCGGGGACGAGUGACAGCAAGAAAGGAGAACCUCAUCCAUGUCGCUUUUGCCGAUGGCGACCGGCAGAGUUUCCUCCUCCCAGACCCAGAUGUCCGCCCUGCUACUGCUCCCUCUGCCUCCGACAUGUCCUCUCCAUCCACUGACGACAGAAGUGUGCAAACAACCCUGAAGGAUGAUGAGGAGAGCGAGAAGGUGGAGAACAUGGAUAGGGAGGACAAGCAGGACAAAGAGGAGAGCGAGAGCGAAGAGAAAAGGGAGAAGGAGAACGAGAAAAGCGAGAAAUCGAAUAGCGUGGAAGCUUCAACGUCGCUGAACGACAUGGAUAUUGGGAGUGCGGGACAGUCUACUUUGGGAAGAGGGAGCAAGCUCAAGUACCACGUUGGCAUGCAAGUUGAGAUGUUCUUCGAUGAUGGUGUCUGGUAUCGAGGGCGCGUUGCCUCGCUGUUGCAGGACGUUGCGACAGUUUUCUUCGAAGACGGCGACGUGCAGCAAGUGUCACUCCCUCACCCUGACGUGCGUCCCGCUCGACCUCCUCCUCCUGUCCGCGUGCACACAAGGGACGGGCAGACGUUGAGAAGCAGAGCAGUGCUGCUCUGCGUUCCCAUGGGAGUGAUCCAACAGGGAGCAAUGAAGUUCGAGCCUUCUCUCCCUUCCUGGAAGCAUGAAGCCAUUCGGCGUGCUGGCAAUGGACUCAUCAACAAGCUCACGAUUGAGUAUCGAGAAGUUUUCUGGGACCCUCAGGUGGAUUUCUUCGGAACCACCUCCUCAGUAGUCGAGGAGCGAGGAGCCUUCUUCCUGGUGUGGAGCCUCUUCCGCUUCACAGGUCGCCCUAUCUUGAUUGCAGUCUUGUCUGGAGCAGCAGCGAGGAAGUACGAGAGCCUUCCAGAUGACACCGUCGUCAGGAGGUUCCACGAGGCCAUCACCAGCAUCUUCGGUCACGUGCCACAACCCGAGAGGAGUCACGUUACGCGAUGGGGAAGCAACCCUCAUGCUCGCGGCGCCUACUCGUUCGUCAAGGCGAGUCACCUCCCCGCCUCCCCCCCUUCCCCCGCUCAUGUGCAGGUCAUGCAGGUCGGCAGCAAGGGAGGGCCAGACUACGAUCUGUUGGCAGAGCCCGUCGCAGGGCAGGUGUUCUUCGCGGGAGAGGGGACGUGCCGCGAGCAUCCGGCAACGGCAGCAGGAGCGUACUUGACGGGGCUGCGAGAGGCAGCUCGCUUGCAUCGCCUGCUGUCGGAGAUGAAGGGCGAGGCGAGGGAUGACAGAUGA